ACUAGGUCACAGAAUUUCCCACGUGUAGAGGGCGUUGAAUGCUAGCGUGAUUAUCGGACGAGCAACUGGUGACGCGCUAGUGUUAUUACUGAUGCAGCCACAACUGAGUUGACAGCGCUAUGGACAGGGGAACGCAGGGGCUUGUGUCCCCCUUCUACGGGAGAGAUGGGAGUAAAAUGGCAGCCGCACCGAGAAGCGGUGCCAAGACACUAAAGGGAAUUUUAGCAGGUGGCAUUACUGGAGGACUUGAGAUCUGCAUUACAUUCCCCACAGAGUAUGUGAAAACCCAGCUUCAGCUGGACGAAAGGACUGGUGCUGUGAAACGUUACAAGGGACCAGUAGAUUGUGUGAAAGUGACAGUGAAAGAACAUGGAGUCCGUGGCUUAUAUAGAGGACUCAGUGUCCUCUUGUAUGGUUCCAUUCCAAAAUCUGCUGUCAGAUUUGGUACUUUUGAAGAAUUUAAGAAACGUUUAGCAGACGAGAGGGGGGUGUUACUACCCCAGCACAGGCUGCUCUGUGGCUUGGGCGCGGGAGUAUGCGAAGCUAUACUGGCGGUGACGCCAAUGGAAACUCUCAAAGUUAAAUUCAUCAACGACCAAACUUCUCACAAGCCUCAAUAUCGUGGUUUCGUCCAUGGCGUCAGGUGUAUUAUCAAGGACCAAGGUAUCCGUGGCACAUAUCAGGGCUUGACGCCCACCAUCAUCAAACAGGGGAGCAACCAGGCCAUCCGCUUCUUCGUCAUGGAGACCAUGAAGGACAUGUACCGGGGGGAGGACAAGAAGAAGCAUGUCCCCACGUUACUGGUCGGACUGUUUGGCGCCAUCGCUGGGGCAGCGUCUGUGUUCGGGAACACGCCCAUAGAUGUCAUUAAAACAAGAAUGCAGGGUCUGGAUGCGGCCAAGUACAAAAACACCCUCCACUGCGCCACACAGAUAUUUAAACACGAGGGUCCAAGAGCAUUUUACAAGGGCACAGUUCCUCGGUUAAGUCGAGUGUGCCUGGAUGUCGCCAUCACCUUCAUGAUCUACGACAACUUCAUGGCCCUAUUCAAUAAGAUAUGGGUGACUGACUGAAACUACUUUCUUCACAACUACUAGAGGGAAGAUAUAGAUUAUACAGACCCCAGAUGAUAAUUUAGAUAAAUAUGACAGUAGUGGGAGAUAGAGUAUAUAUGUGAUGAGUUUGGUCAGUGUGAGCUAGAUAUAUUUUCAUGAUAUAUUAGGUUCAUUUCUGAAUCUAGGUAUGGAUGUAGUUUUAGAAAGAUUUAGUUGAGGCACAUGUUAGAGGCCAUCACUUUUACAACUCAGAGGAUUGUAUUUUCGUGUUCUGGAGAUGACUUUUGCUUGAUACUUUGAUUUUUCUAAGCAGCAAAAUUGAAUUAUCAUGACCAUCAGAUAUGAUGUCAGAAAACUAUUACAUGAUAUAAGGGAGAUAACUCAUGGAAUCUGCUGAUAAGAUCCUUCAAUACUGUCUCUUUCUCAGCUGUCUGUGAAUCCUGUGAUAUAUAUACACAUAGUUCAUUUGCUGACUAAGAUUUACAAUCCUAUUUAUUCUCUAUAUUCACCCUGUUAUCAGUGUAUUUCAUUUUUUAGGGGGCCUGGUAGCCCAGUGGUCUAAGGUGCUAAAAUAUGCUGUACAGAGUUGCAUCCCUUAGUCAUACAAGUAUCCGCUUAUCGUUGGUUCAAAUCCCAGAUUCCUCAUGUGACUGGUUGUCAGCACCAAAGUGGUACAAUCUAUUCAGAUCAGAUCUUUUACUCUGAUAUGAUACCGCUCUCUGUGUGACAUGUGAACAUCCGGGUCAGGAUAGGUCUUAAGCAACCCAUGCUUGCCCUGAGAGGUGACUAUGCUUGCCGUAAGACACCACUGAUGGGAUCGGGUGGUCAGGCUCGCUGACUUGGUUGAUACAUGUCAUCGUAUCCCAAUUGCGUGG